AUGGAAUACUUUGGAGCCUCUAGACGAGUUGCUAUUAUUUCUCUCUCACAGGAGCUGUUCAAAAGCCUGUUGCUGUGCCUGUUGGCGAUCGGUUGGUUGUCGGAGGUUGCGCCAUCGACACAUCACAGACACCACCACCGGGACUACGAGGACGAUGAGGAUCAGCAUUAUCUGCCGCCGGAGGAGCACGCACUGAAACCCUUUUUCCGCAAGGACAAGCACACCAGCGAGCACGUUGUCUACCAUAAGGGCGACGAGCAUCACGAGCCCAAGCGCAUCGAUCAUUACCAUCACUACGACAAGCAGCCCGCGCUGAAGACCAAGCACAUACACUACCAGCAGGUUGCACCACAGCUGCGCACCGCUCAACUCCUGACUGCGGCUCCCUCCCAAAUUGUGACGCGACGUCGGCGUCCGAACCGCGUGCUCUAUGCAAGUGCACCCAACUCUGUGUUCCACACACAGAUCAAUGUGCAGUCCCAGGACUCCGAACUAAGUUCACAGAUUCGAACAGAUCCCCUUGUACCAGGUGCCCAACUUCCUGCCAAUGCGGGCGCCCAGCUGCCUGUCACGGCUUUGCCCAACUGCCAGUCUCCAGUUGCUGGAAAUCCGCCCAUUGGCUGUCGUGUGGUUGACCCAGCUGGCGCUCAGCUGGGCGCCGAUGCCUUGCCAGUUGGUGGUGGCCAGUUGCCAGCGAAUGCUGGGCCUCCAGCUGGUGGCCAGUUGCCAGCGAAUGCUGGUCCUCAAGCUGGUGGCCAGUUGCCAGCAAAUGCUGGGCCUCCAGCUGGUGGCCAGUUGGCAGCCAAUGCAGGGCUUCCAGCUGCUGGCGGACAAUUACCCGCUCUUGGCCUGGCAGGGGUCGGCAAUGGGGCCAACAAUCUCUUUAUAGAUCCUUCGCAGGGCGCUCAGCUGGCAGCUGGCAAUCAAAAUGGCGGCGCCUUGCAAGGAUUUGGUAAUCAGAACCUAUUUACUCCGGCAGCUCAGCUGGCCGUUGGCGGGCAGGAUCCAUUGGUAAGCGGACAGGCUGGUGGAGUUAUUCGGCGACCCGGCUCUGUGCUGAUCCAGAUUGAUCCGGCAUUUGGCGGCCAGCUGCCCGCCGCAGCUCAGGCGGCAGGCAACGGCAAUACAAAUCAAUUCGGUCCAUUUUUGGGCGCACAGCUUGGUGCUGGCCAGGCGCCAGCUGGUCAGCAAGGCGUGGCUCCAAAUGGAGCUUUACUUAAUCCUAUGCUGGGCGGACAGCUAGCUGCUGGAGGACAAGCGCCAGCUUUGGGCGGCCAGCUGCCUGCAGGUGGUCAGGCGCCAGCUGUGGGCAAUGCGAAUCCCGUUUUGGGAGCUCAGCUGGCAGCAGGAGCACAGCCACUUGAUCCAGCACUCGGUGGCCAGCUACCCGCCUCAGCCCAAGCAGUGGGCAAUGGCAAUCCAAAUCAGGCUGCGGCUGUUGCGGCACGUUUCAAUGGUCGCCGACGCACUGGACGUCAACGCAGUCGCUCCAAUUACCAAGGCCUCAAUGUGGUGCGGGGCCAUGUGUUUGGCCAACCAGCUUUGCAGGGACCCACGAAUGCAGUGGGCAAUCAGCAAGACACGAACAUCAUCGACGGCAACUUCUAUAGCUAUCCGGCGUAUCAAAGUCGGCUUGUCCGGGUGAAUGGCAAUCAGCGCAGCGUGUUCCUAGCCGAUGGUGGAGAUUAUUACGAUGAUGACGAGGCCACAGACAUUGGCAUUGCAGCCAGCUCGCCCGAGCUGAGCUACGCAGCGCCCGAGCACAGGGGAUCUCGCCGGAAGGGCAGCAAGAGCUUCGACCAUGAGACGGCUGCCUCGGAGUACCGCGAGGAUGGGUAUCACUACCGGAAUCCCAGGCACACUACAUGA